AUGACAUACUCUAUCGUCAUCUCUGACCCAACCAUACCGUUGGGGUCGGAAGUAUCCCCAGUCCUCCAACUGUUGAAGGAUAUUCCAGGGUACGAGAGCGCGGAUGGUAAGCGAACAUCACUCUUGAAGGGAAUUUUAGAUUAUCGUUUGCAUCUGCUAUCUCCGCAAAGGGUCUUGCUGGAACAAGCGAGCGGAAAGUACCCCCAGGCCACGCAUUUUACCGACGAGGAUAAGCUUUUGACAACAUGGAUUUUCCAAGAAAAGGAAACACAAGAUGCGUUCAAAAUGGUAAUCAAUAUGAUUUUAUUGGCAACCUUGCCUGAAUUGAAGGAUAUCGGGGCAGCAGCAUCAAGGAUGAUGGAGCUGAUACCCGAGGGUAGUGGAAAUAUUUCAAUUGAUGAGGAAAUCCAGCAGUAUGAGGAUAUACUAUCAAAAGAUCAACAAGCGCAGAAGAUCUGGAGGCAUCUUUUGGACGAGUGCGAAAGCAAAGGGUCCAGUGCUGCGUUGGAGACACUCGUUAAUGAGGCUUUGAAGAAGGCAAAGAAUGAGCAAAUCAUCAAAUAA